AUGGCUCACCUUGACGCUAUUCCGGAGCCGCACGUCUUCAACACCGCAAACAACCCCGAGGAACCUCGUCUUUCCCUCAAGAAUGGUGCUAUUAAUCGUCCUGAGGCAUCCAUCUGUGAAGUUACUCCGGAUGUGUAUGAUAACCUCUCCGACAAGGAGCCCUACAGCACUGAGGAGCGCGACGACAAAGAGAUCGAGGAUACGCACGCCAACAAGUGCCGCCGCACUACGCCUACCCUCCUUCAACGUUCCGAGGACAACAACUUCAUCGAAGAAGAGUUUAUCGAGGGCUACAUGCCCGAUGAAACGUCCUUUGGCGAGGAGAUGGACUUGGACAACGAGGUCACACAGUCUGUGGGCUUUCAGUCCCACAAGGGCAAAGGCAAAGGCAAAGCAUAUGUCAGUCCUACUUUUCUUUGCAACCAAGCUUACGCUACAACUGCAGCACUCGCUGAUUCAUUUGCAUCUGUUGGUUUGGAAGCGGCACAUAAGGCACCCAAUAGCUUCAUAUAUGGUUGUAACGAUUCGGACUUGACUGCAUACCUGUGUACACAUAGUUUGGAAUAUAGUGCUUGUACUUCUUGCAAAGGAAAAGACAAAGCUGCAAACUCGCACAAUCAUGCACAUUCCGACUCAUGGUUACUUGACUCAGGUUGCACAUCACACUUCACGCCCAAUGCCGGCGACUUCAUUGACUAUAUAAAGAUUCAUGAGCCGCGCACACUCACGACUGUGAAUGGUGGUCACUCCUCUAUCAUUGCAUGGGGUACCGUCUUGCUCUCUACGCAGGACACUCAAGGUCGUUCUACGACCGUCUGCAUUGGUCCGGUUGGACAUGUUCCAGGACUUGCAGAUUGUCUACUAUCUCUAGGUCAAUUUCUGCACCAAGGCAUGACUGUUGAGAGUAAUGCCAUUCAGAUACGGCUUAUACGCGAUGGGAAGAUCUACUUGCGUUUCGACACAGAUCCUACCAGGCCGAAUUACUACAUUCUGCCCGCCUUGUCUGCUUAUGCUAAGAGCAUUCAAUACGAGCUGGUCUAUGCAUUGGACUAUGAAACCAUGCACCGCCGUAUAGGACCCACUUCGCGCGACGUUCUACAUCAAAUGCGCAAGAACACUGUUGGCUUCCCUGAAAACAUAAACAUCCCAGACGAGAACCCAGUGUGCAGUGGAUGCGCAAAGGGUAAAACACCUGCGCGUGAAUUUCCUGCCCGUGAAGAGUGCGCUGACAACGCGUUCGACCUCAUUCAUUCCGACUUCAAAGAGUUCUCCACCCUGUCAUAUGCCAAGUUCAAGUACGCCGUAGUAUUCAUUGAUGAUCAUAUGUCCUACGCAUGGGUUACACUUCUCAAAAAGAAGUCAGACGCGCUUAAUGCCGCCAAAAACUUCCUUGCCAUGGUCGAGAGUAAAUUCAAGGCUAAAGUGCGAAGCUGGCGCUCCGAUUAA